AAACUGAAUUUUGGUGGCACCUGAGAUUCUGAGAAGAGACUCAACACAACAAUGGCUUCUUCUUCUUCUUCUUCUUCUAUUCAGUGUUCAGUUUGGGUUCCUUCCCUUCUCAACACUAACACUAACACUAACACCAUUCACUUUCUUUCACUUAAACCAAACUCUAUUACUUUCUCUUCUUCCUUUUCUUCUUCCCUCACCAGAAUCAGAAUCAGAGCCUCCUCUUCCUCCCCAACCGUUGAAGAAGCCGCUAUGAGCAUCGACAACCUCCGACGUUUCAUCAACCUUAACUCCGGAAAGUGGAACGGCUCUUUCUAUCAAUUUGAUUCGAGUGGAAAUAUGUUGCAACAACUGAGUACCAAGCUUUCCGCUAGCUCUUAUGGGGAAGAUGAACUCAUGAGUCUCAUUCAAACGCUGUAUAUUAAACAACCUUCAUCAAGUACUUCAAUCUCCGGAGAUGACAAUGAUGCAGAAUGGGCAGAGUACAAAAUAAAAGAAACCAAUAUGUUUACUGUUGACAAAUAUCAACAAAUAGGCUUUUUCCCAUCUGAGAAAGCAUUUGCACUGAGGUACCAAACAGCUGGCAUGUUGGAAACAGUAUUAAGGCAAGGUGUUCUGGGAGAAGAUGACACUGGUGAAGAGUCGCCCAGAAAUCUCAAGCUUCCCUCUCGGCGACCUUCUGUUGUAUGUGAGAAUUGCCUGUACUCUCUAGAGAGAGAUAUGAGAGCAAGAGCCUUUCACAUUUUGGAGCCAAGAGGCACUGUAGAUAUGCUUAUUGUCUUCCUAGAGGAAAGAAGUGAUGGGGCUCCUCCUCUACUUGAGAGUUCUAGGGAUGUGAAGAGUAGGAUUAUUCCUUUUCUUGGUAAAUGGAAAGGUCAUUCCAUUACAAAACGAAGUGGUGUGUAUGGAUCUACAAUUACUAAUGCUGAUACCGUUGUGUUACAUGAGAUGGAUAACAAUGGCCAACUAAUUCAGGAUGUUACUUCAAGUUCAACUUCUGAUGGGGAAAAUGUUACUACCAAUGUGCAUUGGACAGGCACAGUAUCAGACCAUUUGGUUACAUUUGAUGGAGGUUAUCAGAUGAUACUAUUACCCGGUGGCAUGUACAUGGGGUGCCCUUGUGAUGUAGCAAAAAGUGUGGCAGAAUCAAAAUCGUUCCAUUUGGAGUUCUGUUGGUUGGAGACACCUGACAAGAGGCAAAGACUUGUUCGCACGUAUGAUAUGCAAGGCUUGGCUGUCUCAUCUACUUAUUUUGUUGAGACCAAAUUGUGAAAUCCCAUGUUACCUUUUUUCUCAAGUCGUCCAAAUAGUUGGCUCAUGUAAUAAAUACUCAUAUUUGUCGUUUGCAUCCAUUGAUUGAUUGAUAUAUGAUUGGUUAGUAUACUUAUUUUGA